AAGCCUCUAUGUUGACGGUCGUUCAUCACCUUCCUCUUCUAGCGCUUUGGGAAAGGCGCGAGACUUUUGUUGACGACAUGAACGGUGUCGGACACACAAGUCAGUAUCGGCAUUGCCAUUACGUGAACGAAGCAGCGUUGAGUAACGUAAGACGUCCAGGAGUAAGACGACAUCGAUCCGGUGCUAGCAGCCAAUAAGCAGCUAUGUCAUGAGCCCCUGUGGACUGUACUCUCUGGUCCCAAAUGGCAUUGGGGGGGAAAGGUUGGUGAACCAUCAGUUAGCACACCUCCAACUGCCUUCUCCUCUUUGCCACCCAUCACUCUGACAGACCAUGAAGACCACCGCUUCCAUCACCCUCGGGGCUUUGCUCCUCCCUCUCCUCGCUUCAGCUGCCGCCAUUCCCGCCUCCGCCCAAGCUGAGCCCGCCUAUGUAUGGGGAUCCCGCGGCACCAACAAGGCCCGUGAGCCCGAGCCUGCCAACACUCAAGCCGAACCCGCCUAUGUCUGGGGCUCUCGCGGCAACAACAAGGCCCGUGAGACCGAAGCCGACGCCGCCAAGGUCGGUGCUGAACCUGCCUACGUCUGGGGCUCCCGUGGCACCAACAAGGCUCGCGAGGCCGAGGCCGCCCAGGCCGCACCUGCCUACGUCUGGGCUUCCCGCGGCAGCACCAAGCGUGAAGCUGAUCCCGCCGACAAGGCAGCUGAGCCUGCUUACGUGUGGGGCUCUCGUGGCUCGAGCAAGCGUGAAGCAGAUCCCGCCGACAAGGCAGCUGAGCCUGCGUAUGUCUGGGGAAGCCGGGGCAGCAACUAAGACUUUCUUGGGAUAGGUCGACGAUGUAUGAUGUUAUGACAAGGGACGGAUCGGUGGGAAGGGAUCGGACAGCGGGCUGUUAAGUAGGAUGGAGGUUUGGUUUGUCGGAAUGGGUCGGGGUAUUCGAGUGUCGGUCGAGACCUCGAGAGAAAUGCGGAGGACCAACUUGAGUACAUGUAGUCGCUCUUCGUGGGUUGAAGAUUUCCUGGUU